CUGUCACUCCCUCCACCGGCAGAAUAUUUUCUUCUGACAGAAGAAAGUCUCAGAAGAAAAAAGAAAGAAAGAAGAACGAAAAAGAAAAGAAAAGAAAGAGAGAAAGCAGAAGAAGAAAAGAGGAGAAGUGAUUAGGAUCUGCCCACCGAGUGCCAUGAGGUGUCAUGAGUGCCAUGAGGUGUCUCAGAAGAGUCAGUCUGCCCUCCAGGUUCCGGCGCAACCUCGAGUCUACGCUGCUGUGGCUUCUGCUCCUCUACGUGAUCGUCGCAUUUGUAGGACAAGAGAGUAAUGUAGCGAAUCAACAGAUGCGGAUAGGAAGACAUAACGUCGUAAUACGUGGAUAUCUUAAUGGUAAACGUGAGAAUAUUGGUCUCAACUCCAGUGUGACUCUUGGUUUAGAUAAUCUUAACCUCCAAAGGGGACUGUCGAAGUCAAGCAUGGCGUUAAAGUCAACUGUGGCUUCGAAAUCAACUAUGGUGUUAAAGUCAACUGUGGCGUCGAAGUCAACCACGGCUUUCCGUCCAACCAGCCUUGAUCUCAAGAAAUUUCCUACAAACUCUAGUAUGAACUCAAACUUCUUCAGCAUCGGCCUUGAUAUCGAUUGGUCAAAACAACGUGCCACAGUCCAGGAUCUCCAAGAGGCUGUGCCCAACUUGCCCUCUCGUUAUUGGCUCAAGAACGACAAUGGUAUGGGCAUGAACAAAAGCUGUGCCAAGUAUCCAUCUCUGUACCAGAUCCGCUUCAACAACGGCCGGUGGCAGACCUUCGACACUUCCAACGGCACCUUCUACUUGUUUAGUGCAUAUUAUGACAACAGGACCUUGGCAGAGCGGCCAGUUGUGCGUGUUCUGGGGAUGCUGAACCGCGUUGAUCCCAAACUCAACACUUCCUGCCAACUUUGGUUUAAUGGAACAAGUAAACCAGUAUUCGCAAAGGUGUCGGAGUACAAAUAUAUCUGGAAUAGGGCGUUUGGCAAAUAUAAAAACGGCGUGCUUCAGCCUUAUUUGUUAUCGUGUCAAGUGCCAUAUGACUAUGCACAUCAGGUGCCGGAGUCUGUGUCCCUCGUAGAGCGGCCGUGCGACACAGCCACAACUAACCUCAGGGUCGUUAACAAUCGUCCAGCAGAAGGUCAGACGAAAGACUUUGCUGUUUGUGUGAAAGGCCUCGACAUUUAUCACGAAGACAGAAGCGUCUACCUUGUCGAAUGGCUGGAGGCACUCUACCUCUUGGGGGCUGACAAGGUGUUCCUGUACGACCUGCAUGUGCACCCGAACACGACCAAGGUCUUACAGUACUACCAGAAAACCGGUUUUGUGGACCUGACAAAACUCACCUUGCCCGGGGACCAGCCGAACAUCCCUGAACUCACACACAAGUACCUUAAGGAGAAGGGCGGUUAUAAACGACUCAAUGAACUCAUCCCUUACAACGACUGCCUCUACAAGAACAUCUACAGCUACAAGUACGUGGUUCUCUUAGACAUCGACGAGCUUAUCAUUCCUAGAAACUUAUCGUCUUGGAAAACACUGAUGGAAGUCCUGGUCAAAGACGCUUUCAAGGCCAGCAAGAAACCGCGAACCUCCUUCGCUGCGCGCAAUGUGUACUUCCUGGACUCCAUGCAAGAGAAACACGGCUUUUACAAGGAUAUUCCCCAAUACAUGCACAUGCUGCAGCACGUGUACCGAGCCAGGAACUAUACCAAACCAGGUGCUUAUGCAAAGUGCUUCCACGACACCCAGAGUGUCUUCACGCUCCAUAAUCACUUUCCCUUCUCAUGUUUGGGAAAACAAUGUCACUCUUACUACAUUCCCACAAAAGACGCGCAUCUACAGCACUACCGCCAAGAAUGUGUUGGAGAGCUUCGCAAGACGUGCGAGAGCGAAUUCAAGGUGCACACGGUCAAGGAUACAUCGAUCUGGAGGUACAGGAGAUCACUGAUACUACGUGUUUCAAAAACCCUCAGGCGACUAGGAUUCUUCAGACAGAAGUCGCACAUCUCGUGAGAUUACUAAGGUGUUCACGGUGUAUUUUACGUCAGUCUAGUGUUUCAAAAGUGUAAUAUUCUAAUGUUAGUUACAUCCUAGUAUUUAAUUAGAGUAUUAUCUUUAUAGCAACAUUGUUGCUCUAAACACCGAUAAAUGACCUUCCAUGAUCAACUGCACCAAAUAGAAAAAAAAUAAAAACAUGCGUAUA